GGCCCUGACCUGUCGCUGUCAAACCGCGAGGCUAAUCCAAUUAAGUGUUUAAAGGCGAGAGGCUAAGAAUAGCCCCAAUUACAGUAAAAAGUUUCAGACCUUCGGCGGUGCUGCUGCUGCUGAUAGUGCAAAUGAAUGGGGCACCAUGCAUGUGUAGUUAAUGUCAAACCUGCCAGAGCGGAGCAGCCUUUACCGAGAGGACGUCAAGGCAGCAAUGCGAUGAUCACAAGGAUUAUUUUGGAUCCGUGGAGGAAGCACUGAAGAUAAUACACAGGAUCACACUGCUGACAUAGGUCACAUAUGGUACCAGGUGCGUUCUUGGAAUGUGUGCAGGAUGAGCAGCACAUUUGUUACGUUAGCUGAAGUACUGGAGGCACGAGGGGGACCUCUGAUGGAGGAGGAGGUCUGGUCCCUGCUGCUGGGCACUGCAGAGUCUUUAGUAGAUGUCUCCUAUAAGGGUCACAAUAAUAUGUGUAACAUCAUAAGCCCCACCUCCUUGCUGCUAUCAGCCACUGGUACCUUAGCAUUUAAGAACUGUGGCCUAUCAGAUGAGGUAUCCACCUUCACUGCUCCUGAGAUGCUGCAGGGCCGUGCCAGCUCAACCAAACCUGCCAUAGAGAGGAUGCUGGUGUAUUCACUGGGUAUGACUCUCUACUGGUCAGUUGAUUUUCACCUACCUCAAAAUCAGCCAGUCCAGUUGAGUGACCAUCUGAACAGCCUCCUCCUCAGCAUGUGUGAGGACCUGGCCCACCGCAGGGUGAAUCUCAACUCCAUCCUGGAAGCCUGCGAAUCUCAGCAUAAAGCCUCCAUCCUGCCACCGCCCCCCAAAAUCAUCAGACAGCUGGUGGAGGAGGUUUUUCAUGAAUCAAUGGAUCAUGGAUCUCUGCCGGACAGUAACGUCCCUUUGAGUGGCAGGAGCCAGGUGAUCAGGGAGAGACUUCAUGGAAAGAGAGGGCCAUUUUCAGAGUUCAGCGACGGGAGUGCUGAAGGCAGAAGAUACUCAACAGACUCUGACUCAAAGUCAGGGAGUUUACCUCAGAGACCUUGGAGACAAAGACCACGAAGCUCUCCCACACCAUUGUACCAGUCUUCUUUAGACAGACUCCCUCGAGGGGUUCGUCACAGGGACAGCAACAGCAGUUGGCUUGGUAGGAGCCCCCACCACGACAUCUCUCCUAAGGCGUCGGGCAGAUCUCAUAGUCCUUCCAUCACCUUCAGUGAAUCCUCACUCAGCUUGAGCCAGAGGAAAGCUAAGGCUUUGGGUCCCGAGUUUGUCAGAAUGUCAGACGAACAACAAAUUGUUCUCGAGCUUCCUGGAUCUAUUGUGUCCAGAAAGGGACGCUCUUGUUCGUCUCAGAGAGAAGUGACUGUAGUGCUGCCUAACGGACAGUACGUGGUGGUUCGCUGCGACAUUAAGUCCAAAGCAAGAGAUGUGUUCGACAUGGUGGUGGCUCAUGCAAACCUGGUGGAACACUUUUACUUUGGUCUUGCCUUCCUUGAUGAUGAUGAAUAUUUCUUUUUGGAGCAUGAAACAAAAAUCUCCAAAGUUGCUCCUGACAGUUGGAAAAAAGGGCAGAUGUCCUCCUUUUUGGUGUUUCUUCGAGUCAAAUAUUUUGUUGAUGAUAUUUCCUUCAUUUUGCACAGACUGACUCGUCACCAGUACUACUUACAGCUGCGUAAGGAUAUCUUGGAGGACAGGCUUUACUGUAAUGAGGAGACAGGCUUGUUUCUUGUAGCUCUUGCUCUGCAGGCUGAGUUUGGGGAUUACAUGCCAGAGUUGUAUGGUAAGAAUUAUUACCAGCCAGAGCAUUAUGUGUCCAAGAGGAUGUUAGAGAAGCUGGCCCUGCCCAGUAUCAAGGAAGAGUUGCCAAGACUUCAUGCAUGUCAUGCCCAGAUGCUUCCUGAAGAGGCAGAGACAGAGUACCUGAAGAUUGCCCAGCAGUUACCCGAGUAUGGGGUUAUGUUCCACCGUGUGGGUAGAGAGAAAAGGCCAGUGGUGGGAGAGCUGGUUUUGGGGAUCUGUGCCAAAGGAAUCAUUGUGUAUGAGAUGAAGAACCACGUCAGGACUGUCACCCGACGCUUCCUCUGGAGGGAAACCGACUCCAUAUCCACUGGGCGGCGUAAACUGAUUAUAGAGUGUGGUGGGCCCAGCGGGAAAAAGCACAGUUUUGUAACAGAAAGCUCAAAAAUAGCACAGUACCUUCUGAACCUCUGCUCAGCACAGCACAAGUUUCAUAGUGAGAUGACAUCACGACAGCUCAACCACACCAUGAUACCAGAUGAAAACAUGGAUAAGUAUGUGUCUGUCUACCGGGGUCGUAACUUGAACCUUAAGCGGCUCUCCUGCUCAGAGGGCAUGUUGAACCAUGUGGGUUUGACGCCUGGUCAACCAGACUCCCUCUCCAAGUCCUGUGAUGACCUGACUGCCAAGCUGGAGGAGCGACUACGUCAGCAGAGAGAAAUGAGAAGGGAGAUGAGCAGAGAGCUGAACAAGGAGCUCCCAGAAACAGGAGAUUUCAGGGACGUGAAGGACCGACAGAGUUGGAGCACGCCAGAGCCAAUUCCCAGAAUGAUGUCCAGUGUCUCACUACAAAAGCAGGACUCUGAUGCCUCUUCCUCCAUACGUGUUGAUACACCAACCAGGACCCCACCAGAGCGAGAGAUAGUCUGUGUGAACCUGAAGAAAGAUCAGAAACUGGGCUUUGGCUUUGUGAUAGUGGGCGAGGACAAUACUGGUAAACUUGACCUUGGGAUCUUCAUUGCUUCCAUAGUGCCUGAUGGGCCUGCGGACAAAGACGGACGAAUCAAACCUGGUGGACGUCUCAUCUCCCUAAACAAGAUUAGUUUGGAAGGAGUGACAUUCAGUGACGCUGCUGCCAUCUUACAGAACAGCCCUGAAGAGGUGGAGCUCAUUGUGUCCCAGCCUAAACAGUCUCUGAGGGACAGCAAGACUUCCUUGACUCAAAGCACUCUUGGUUUGGCGUUGGAGAAGGGUUUUGGGUCCCAGACCACACUGAGUGGCACAGAGUACCGUCCUGCCAUGGAGGAACUGGAAGAGGCCAUCACUCUGUCCAACAUGGCAACCCCAAAACAGGGCAAGAAGCUUCACAUUCCUGUCGUGCGCAUACAUGAUGCUCAGGAUGUUUGUUCCAGGUCCCCUUCUAUCUUAAGUUUGAAAACUGGAGAGCGGUUUAUAGUGGAGCUGAAGAAAAGCAGUGGCAGUCUUGGCAUCAGUGUUGCUGGAGGAAUAAACACCAAUGUGCGAUAUGGAGGCAUCUACAUCAAAAGUCUGGUGCCUGGAGGUGCUGCAGAGCAGGAUGGGCGCAUUCAGAUCGGUGACAGACUGCUGGAGGUCGAUGGCUCCAACCUGAGGGGUGUGACUCACCAGCAAGCAGUCGAGUGCCUGAAGAGGACUGGGGAGGUGGUGAGCCUGCUACUGGAAAGGGAGCCCACAGUAAUACUGGAGCCCAGACCUGACUCACCCUGCCCCCCAUUGGCCCACAGUGCAUCACAUACACAAUCCUCCAGGACUGAUGUCUCUAUGGAAACGACCUUGAGUGGUCGAGCCAAGGACUACAGCUUUGUGACUGAUGAAAACACGCAUGAGGUGAUACUGAAGAAGAGUUUGUCUGGCCUCGGCUUCAGCUUUAACAUCUCGCAGCUUCGCUCAGGGCCUGACCGUGGCAGCGUGGUCCGCAUUAAACGUCUCUUCCCAGGUCAACCAGCGCUUGAGAGUGGCCUCCUGCAAGAGGGAGACAUCAUUCUGUCGGUGAACAAAGAACCUGUCAAGGACCUGUCUUACCAGAGAGUUUUGUUCCUGCUACGUGGAGCUCCGUCUGAAGUUCAUCUGCUGAUCUGCCGACCAGGUCCUGGACUUUUAUAUGAUGCUGAUGACAACACACUGAGUCCUGCACUCUUCCGUGAGGUUCGGUCUCGGUCUCUGGAUAUUCGACUGGGAGAGGACUACAGCCAGCUCCUUAAAUAUCAGUAUGAUGACAAAAUACCUGUCCAUAAGCAGACCCCCACCCAAGAGGAAGAUCUGACCAACGCCAUAGAGAAAAGCCCAGAACCCCCUGCAGCUCCAGCACUCUUGGAGACUGAGGAGCAUGUGGAGAGUGAAGUGCAGAUCAAUCAGCCUCCUCCAUCUCCUCCUCGUUCACCACCCUCACCCACCUCACCCACAUCACCUCCGUCACCAGUCUCACCGGCCUCACCGGCCUCCCCAGCAUCUCCUGCCUCGCCUGUAUUACCUGGUUCUGGCUUCACACCAGUUCCACCAGAGUCACAGUCAACCAUUGGGAAACUAGAGGAACAACAGGAAGUAGAAGCAAAGGAGAAGAACAAGGACAAGGAAGAGGAGGCUGCAACAACAAGAGGCUCAACUGUUAUGCUUAUGGAUGUCUGCCCUAAGACAGCUUCAAACUUUGCAUAUUCUAGCGGAGUGAGAGAGGAGGCAGAUGGAAGUGUGAGCUACUGCCUAAUGGGAAAUGGUCUGACUAUCAUGGCAGAUGAAGAGUACUUGACCAUCAGCUCCACACUGGAGCCUCCUCACAUCUUUCCCUCUAGUCUGGCCACUCAAACUCCAACAACCAACCUCACAGCCCUCCUCUCUCAAACCUCCAGCAGCUCCUCUAGUUUCAUCUCUCAGAAUCCAAGCCUCGGCCCUCACAUCCCUACUUCAGCCAUCACACCCCUUAAACUCUCAUCUGACACCCCGACCACUUCCCUGACCCACCCAGCUCAGCCACUCACAACCCAACCACCAAAAGCCAAGCACCACCCGAUCCAGCAGGGGCUUCUUCCGAGUCACUACAAAGUAACCUCCAAGAAUGGAAGGCCUAUGGCGCCUCCACCCCAGCCUCCUGCUCCACCACUGACUCCCAUCAUGGCCCAGGUCAUGUCCUCUGCACCUCCCUGUGCCAGUCAACCUGCCCCAACGCUGCCAUCCGCAGUGCUGCCACCUCCUGCCCAGAGCCACACUCAUCUGAGGGAAGAACCAGAAAGGAAAGAGAGACAAUACAAGGAUGAUGAUGAUGAUGAAGAGAAUGAUGAUGAGGAGGAAGAGAGUCGAAGAAAGGGACAGGUUAAAGAGUUUGAGCUUACAGUGGUUCUGACCAAGUCCAGGAAUGGAAGCUUUGGGUUCACCAUCACUCGAAGCAAGCUGGACAACUGCUACUACAUACAGGAAAUACUGGACAACCCAGCCAAGGCAGAUGGACGUCUCAGGGCAGGAGACCGGCUCAUCACGGUAAAUGGGCAUGAUGUUACCAAUGUGGCAGAUGAUUUUGCCAUGACGAUUCUCAGGUCAUCUUCGAGAAGACUGAGUAUGACCCUGGGGAGGGCAGUUACCAACCUGGUGGCCCCACCUUCCUGUGACAGCCUGCCUGAUGUAGUUCUCCACAAGACUCCUUCAGGACAGCUGGGUAUAAAGCUGACAGGAGGCAUUGGCAGCAAAUGGCAGGGUAUCUACUGUUUGGAGGUGGUGCCAGGCUCCCCAGCCAGUGAGGAGGGCAGUGUCCAGCCCAGUGAUAAGAUCCUCUACAUCUGUGGCAGGUGCACACUCGGAAUGACCCUGGAGGAUGCAGUGAAAGCCUGUGAGCUGGCCCCACGUAAAGUUAAACUUAAAAUCCUCAGAGAAGACCAGCCAGUGACCCCCAAGGCUAAGUGGAAUGGUCUGUUUGACUGGAAAAAGGACAGGAAGUUCUUUGCUCGUUUUGAGGAGCCCAUCUCUCCAGAGAAAGACUCUCCUACCGAAGACGCCGGAGAUGUGUGUAGGACUGCUGGGAAUUUCAGAUGUCUCUCUGUCAACCAAGAACAUGAUAGUUGCAUUAUGCAAGUGGAGUUCAAAAAACCAGAAGGAGGAGGCCUUGGCUUUGCUUUAGUUGGGGGAACCAAUGGCAGUAUGCUCAGAGUGAAGGAAAUCUGCUCUGGUGGAGUAGCUGAGCAGGACGGUCGGCUGAGAGUGGGAGAUAUUCUAUUAGAGGUGAACGGCGUGAUUGUGUCUGGGCUGAGCCACAAUAAGGUGGUUGAUAUCCUGCGUAAAGCUGAGGGUACCGUACAGCUCACCAUCUGCAGAGACAUCCUGCCCCUGGCCUACUCUGAGUCACCAACACCACCCAACAUGUCUGCUCAGACUGAAGCAGUUUUAGCCGAGCAGCCCGCUCCUGUGUCCAGCCCCGAUACCUGUUCCUCAACUGACGUCACACUGAAUAAGCCAGUAGAGCGCCCACCUGGGGCAGCAUCAGACCCUGUGGUCAGUGAAGCUGGUGUGUUCCUCACUUUGCCACCUCCUCCACCACAUCAACAACUGACUGUUGUGACAGAUGAGGCUGCAAUUAAACAGGAGAGCUGUAACAGCACCCCUUCUCAUCAAGCUUGCUGCCCAUCCCUCAGUGUCACUGAUAUGUUGCAUGGAGCUUCUGACAGGAAACAAAUUGUGACCAAACUUUUGGACCAGUCUUGCAAAGACAUCAGGAGAACCCAAUCAGAUGGCUGGAGUAGCGAAGAAGAUGAUGAUGUAUUUGAUGCCACUGGUCAGGAAAUGACCUCACCCCAAUCAGGCCCACCCAUAGUGUCAGAGGAGGAACUGGCCAGUUUAGCCCUCAUUAGCCCUGCUAAGACCAGCCAGUACUCAGGCUCCAGAGUCAAAGCUCUCAUCCAGAUUCUGCAGCAUCAGCUGGACCAGCAGGAACUGGUCAAAGAGUUUAUGACUCUGGAGCAUCUGAAGCCUUCUGAUAACUGUCUGGUGGGGAAAGCCCCUGAGAACAGAGAUAAGAACCGCUACAGAGACAUCCUACCAUAUGACAAAACUCGUGUUGCCAUUGGAGACAACCAGGACUACAUCAAUGCCAGCUACAUUCGCAUGCAAGUUGGCAGUGAGGAGUUCUUCUACAUCUCCUGCCAGGGCCCUCUGCCUUCCACAGUGUCGGCCUUCUGGCAGAUGAUCUGGGAAAGCAAAUCUGACGUCAUUGCCAUGAUGACCCAGGAAGUAGAACGGGGAAGGAUCAAAUGUCACAAGUACUGGCCGGAAAAGCUGGACGUACCUCUGGAAACUGGCAAGUACCAAAUUUACCUGGAAAACCAACAGUACAUGGAGUACUUCCAUAUCAAGGUCAUGCGCAUGGUAGAGACAGAGACUGGUGAGGCUCAUUUUGUACGUCACCUGAAGUUCACACAUUGGCCUGACCAUGGUGUGCCGCACAGCUCCGAGCAGCUGGUUCGCUUCAUUCGCUACCUGAGGGCAGUGCACCACAAGGGACCAGUCACCGUGCACUGCAGCGCCGGCAUCGGACGCACAGGAGUUCUCAUCUGCACUGACAUUAUUAUCAGCCUCAUUGAGAAUGAUUUGCCUAUUAAUGUGAGCGACAUUGUAAAAGAGAUGAGACUACAGCGGCAUGGGAUGAUUCAAACCAAGGAACAGUAUCUCUUCUGCUACAAAGUCUGGUUGGAGGUUUUACAGGGAAUUUUACAGCUUCACGGCAACCAGUGGCAACCGGAAAGUCCCCAAGACCACAAAGUAGUUUGAAUGUUUCCACCUUCGGUUCACCUAUCUGUAAAGCACAGACUGUGUCUGAGAAACCAUGUGAAGUCUGUCACAGCAAUGACCAGUGAUAUCUUUUUCUCUUUUUCUUUGGCUGUAGGUAGUUUAGUUAGCGAUAACAAGAAACCUGUACUUCUUCUCUGUUUUGAUACUUUGUGUUGAGGCCUGUUGUUACAAUGACUUCAGCUCUGAUUUUUUUGUCGUUCUUGUAUGUGCUCUCAGUGCUGUAAUUAUCUGUCAGUUUAAUUUAGAUCACUGAGGUUGUUUUGCCUUUUUGGGCUUAGUGAAUUGCCUUCUGUCUCUAGGAUCCUUUUUUAAUUUUUGUGUCACUGAUUGAAUGUAUCUCAUUUAAUUUUUUUCAACAACCUGUAAUUCUUACAUUGCAUUAAUUUUUAAGUCACAUUGCAUGGAAUUUAAAAUCUGGUAAUAUAUCGGGCAGUAAUGUCACUAAUGUCAUCAAAGUGCACAAGUGUACAGUUCGACCAUCAUACCAAAGGGAAUAUUUGUAACCUUGAUGAAUAGCAUUUGAUUAAGCAUUGUGUUAUCAUUUCAUUAAGUGCAUUUGUACCCUGGAAAAAAGGGCAUUAGCAGAAGAACACUAUUGAUUUUUCAGUUCAUCACGUAAGGAAAUGAAAAGAAUCAAGUGCCUUGGAAUGACUCACACCGCUUGCUCCACAUUGACCCGGAGCCACUUGUCACAAGCGGUCGGGGACGAAGAGCGAGAAACUGAUUUGAGAGCACCCAGCGGUGGUCAGACUGAAUGCACAGCUUUCAGUCUUUUUGUGAUCUGAGGUGAAUUGAAUGUUUGGUUGACCCAAACUAAAGAACGAUUACAUUUCAUGUUUUAGUUUAAUUGUAACUUAGAAACAAUGUGAAGUUUGCACACCGCCUGUCAACAUUUUUGUUUGUGGGCCCAUUUUAUAAAAAACAUUGUCACAGUGAGUCCUACUAAUCACAUGUUGCACAUCUAAAUACAGAUAAACAAUGAUUGAACAUAACAAAUGUUUGGAUAAAUUCAUAAAAUUUCAGUUCACUCUUUUACUUAAAGGUGGAUAAGGUGUGAACACUCAAUAUCUAAUUUUUUUGUAAAAUGUACAAAACUGACUUUAAAUGUCAUUUAAAUGAUCAGUUACUUUUAGGUGUUAUUUGUUAUGUGAUAACAUCCUUUAUCUGUAUUCCAUAGCUAUUUUAAUACAAACUCAGCCAAAAAUGCAAAAAAUAUUAUGAGGUUUACAAACUUUCCAUUUUGCCACUUUAGAUGUAUAUGAUGUACAAAGCAACAGGACUGCAUUUCCACAUCACAGAUCAAAGAUGAUUUAUAGCUGCUGGUUUGAACCUCAACCUUUGGAUGUAACUGCUUGUAAGCUUUGUUCUUUUAGCUGCUAUCUCACACACACCAGCUCUCUUACUGCAUGAAAUCUCUCUAAGUACCGACCUCUGAGCCUGGAGUUUGACUGAAUGACUUGAACAUGUUCAAAAUUUGGAAUGCAUCAAAGCAAUACUCUCUACGAGCAGAGGAGAUCAGAACGUCCACCUCGCAACCGAUAGCGUCUUCCCAACAGAUUGGAGCAUGCCGAUAACACAUACACAGUACUGCAUCUUUGCCAUGUGGAUGGCUUUGCAGAGCCGUCAGCCUCCGUACUGUGUAUGCAAAUCUUUCCAGUCAAUGCUGGUCAGCUGUUUUCCAGCAAUAGGUAACCCUCUGUUAUGUGCAAAUUCAUGUUGUCUUUGAGAUCCUGUUGAGAGGUUUUCUCUCUCAAUUCUCUUCUCUCAAAUCUUGAGAGAACAAGCAAAAACACAUUUUGCACUCAUCUGUGAAAAUGCAUCUUGUACAGCAAGUGCUUACGUAAUGUGAAAUGUAAUAACCCUUAAUUGCACAACUGCUUAUUUAUGCUAAAUUAAUAUCUUGUCACUGUACAAGUCUCUGUGUAACCAGUAACUGAGAACAAUGUAAUACCUCUCUCUUUAAUUAAAAACCUCUCUGAAACUUGUUUGCAUGUUAUAUGACAGAUUUUACCCCCUCGACUCUGAAC